UUUUCCACUCUCUCUCUCUAAAACUUAGACUCACUUUUCUCUCUGCCUUCUCACUACCAUUCAUUCAUAUUCUCUCCUUGCAUGUUGGUUUAGGUGUUGCCCAAGCAUCCGCGACGUAGAGAGCUCGAAAGUUUUCUUCAUUUCGACUGGGGUACUUUAUAAAAUUGGAGGUACUGCAUAGGGAAAUGCUGCAGGGUGAAACACCCAGAAAAUAGAGAGGGAGAAGGAAAGAAAGGCGGGUUCAGUUGGUUGAGGUCGUCACCACCGCGAAGCACCAUGUGGAGGUUAAGGUCACCUCGAAUCUCUCAUCUUGUUGGUAGAUUGAGUCAAAUUAACGUAGUAAGUGAUGUGAAGGUGCAGCAGUAUCGUUGCUGUCAAACUCUAGUGUCGCCUCCUCCAUCGAGUUUGCAACAGACAAAAUAUGAUCCUCCUGACACCGUAGUGCCGAGGAUUUAUAUUGGGGAAAACAUAUCCAGAAAAGAUAAGACCAAAUAUCUUUACUCUACACUUCUUGAACUCAACGACAGUAAGGAGACUGUUUAUGGUGCUCUUGAUGCAUGGGUUGCGUGGGAGCAAAACUUCCCCAUCGCCUCAUUGAAAACAAUAUUGAAUUCCCUUGAGAAGGAACAACAGUGGCAUAGGGUUGUGCAGGUAAUUAAAUGGAUGCUGAGCAAAGGGCAGGGGAUGACAAUGGGAACGUAUGGUCAAUUGAUACGAGCUUUAGAUAUGGACCAUAGGGUGGAAGAAGCCCACAAAUUCUGGGAAAUGAAAAUUGGUUCUGAUUUGCAUUCAGCCUCUACACCCUCCCCCAAACCAGCCCCAACAUCCUCUCCCACAACCUCUGCCUCCACAAUGUUAUCAUUGUCAGCCUCUACACCCUCCCCCAAAACAGCCCCAUCAGUGUCUCCCUCAGCCUCUGCCUCCACACAAUUAUCAUUGUCAGCCUGUACACCCUCCCCCAAAACAGCCCCAUCAGUGUCUCCCUCAGCCUCUGCCUCCACACAAUUAUCAUUGUCAGCCUGUACACCCUCCCCCAAAACAGCCUUCUCACACUCUUCCUCACACUCUACCUCUACACGAUUAUCACUGUCACCCUCCCCCAACAUAUGAACGUACUCAGGAUCUGACACCAUGUGUACAACAUACAGGUGAGAUUGACCAUUCAAAAUGGCAAGGUUGACCAGAUGACAUGCACCCUUGUCAUCAGAUAAUAGUUCUAACCUUCCUUCUAACACAGUACCACCACCCACUGAAUACCACAACUCUUUAACAUUAAUAUAGCCUAUCUCCUUCAAAAUGGACAUAAUUUCAAAGUAGCUCCAUCUAUCUGGGUCAAUUUUUAAAGUAGAUGUUUGACCAAACUCAUAUUUAAAUGACCCAUCAUUCACAAAUUUGCCCCCAUGGUGAAAGACCACUUCGACAUCACAGUUAGGCAUCCUAAACUAAUAUAAAAAAUCAUGUCAGUCUAACUUUACCUAAAUAACACUACAUUUAAUUGACCAAAAUAACACUACAUUUACAUAUCACGAUACGACUGUCAACCCAUCAGGGUACAACACUUCCACAAAGCACUUUAAACAGACCAUAAACAAUUAAAACAAAUUUGUACUGAACCCUAAACACAGCAUAAAGAUUGACUUUAACCUACAAUGGGGGACCACACACAACACCCAUAAUGGGGGACAACAACAAACAGAGAUAAUAGUUUAUGGGGGACCACAACAAAAGCAAACACACACACAAAGCAAACACACACACCAAAGCAACCAUAAAUCCAACGAAAGCAAUGUACACGUACCUUCGAAUGGACCUUCGAAUGGAACCCACUUCGCACUUCCAAAUCACCAAACGCUUCCAAAUCACCAAACGCGUUCUGCUUUCAAAAGCCCCAAUUGCGAUUUUUCACCCUUCCUCAACUCAGAAACACUCUAUCUCAAAUAUCUCAAAUGCCCUAAUUAGUUUUCGUUCACAAAUACAAAUACCCUAAAUGAAUUCUGAUUUUAAUUUCCCCAAUUCAAUAACCUAUUUCCAUGUUCUCAAAUAUCUCAUUGACACGUCAUUACCACUACUGUGACUCAUUUGUCACGUUUUACUUCUCUAGUGCCAAAUAAUCAACCACUUAACGCAGUUAGUGUGUAUUUAACGGAGAUGACUACAUUGACACAAAUUUUUUCAAUGUUUGGAUUCAAUUGACACUUUUACACCACGUGAGGACGACAAAGAAACUUUUUUUAAAAUGAGGAUGAAUUUGACACAAUUCAACCAAACUGGGGACAAAGGAAGCAAUUAAACCUAAUUUUUAAUAUGAGUAAGUACUCCUUAUAGUAACGUAUUAUUGAGCUGAAAUAUUCAAGAGAUACAAAACUAAAUAAAAGAUAUGAUUCUAUGAUAAAUAUUUUUCAUUUAACGUAUGCACUUCCAUUAUUCACGCUUUA